UUAUGGUUAGUAUUAGGUUGGCCAAUCGGGGCCUCAAUGUUUUUGUUUUAGUGUGACUUGUCAAGUUUCAAUAAUGAAUCAGAUAUUUUUGCCUUCUUUAAUCCUAGGUUCCUGUCAGAUCGGACCUAAUGUGAUAGAUUACAGCCACUUGGCUAUGUAUAUUUAUAUUGAUUGAAAAAGCAUACUAUAAAAUGUUUCCGGGUGAUUUGAUGAAGAAAUUAAUCAACCCUUGCAAGAACCAACAGUAAUUCAGAUGGCCGAUCCCGGCACUACUGAUCCCCUUCUCUCCAGCGAAACUCCGGCAACCGCCCCGGCCUCCUCCUUGGAGGAGAUAAUUGAACGGUGUAUCGGAGAUUUCGGGUGGGCUCAGCUGCUGCAGGCUUCCCUCGUGUCUUUGGCUUGGGCCUUCGACGCCCAGCAAACCUUCAUUAGCGUCGUCACCGACGCCGACCCGACAUGGCACUGCACCGAUCACCACUCCUCGUGCAACUCGGCAACCGAUAUGUGCCAGCUUCCAAGAGGUUCGUGGGCUUGGGACAUGCCGGCAGACGCGUCUAUCGUGUCGGAUUGGUCGCUGGAGUGUGCUAGCUCAGUCAUCAGGGGAUUGCCAGCUUCGUGUUUCUUCUUGGGCAGCCUCGUGGGAGGACUCGUCCUCGCCACGCUGGCCGACUCCUCCUCCCUCGGCCGGAAGAACAUCCUACUCUUGUCGUCUUUGCUCAUGUCCCUGGCCGGACUCUUCACGGCCGCCUCCACAAACAUCUGGAUGUAUUCGGCCCUCAGGUUCGUCGGGGGGUUCGGGAGGGCCACCGUAGGAACGUGCGCUCUCGUGCUAUCGACAGAGCUCGUCGGGAAGCGAAGGCGAGGCCAGGUUGGGAUCCUUAGCUUCCUCUUUUUCACGUUCGGAUUCUUAUCUUUACCGGCGAUCGCUUACUUGAACAGAGGAUCUUCUUGGAGAUCAAUCUACUUGUGGACCUGUAUUCCCACAAUCCCGUAUUGCGUCCUGUUCCAUUUCUUAGCCCGUGAGUCUCCCCGGUGGCUGUUCUUGCAAGGCCACAAAGAAAAAUUCAUGGCCACGAUAAAGAGUAUCGCAAGCCAUAGUAGCUUCACUCUGAAACAAUUCCCCGAAAUUGUCUGUGUCGAACACGAUUCGUCAAACGGCGACCUAUUCUCGGCCAUCAAGAUCUUGCUUGAUAAAAAAUGGGCUAUCAGGCGCUUAUCAGCUGUUAUGGUGGUGGGUUUCGGCAUCGGCAUGGUCUACUAUGGCAUGCCCUUAGGGGUUGGAAGCUUGGGAUUCAACCUCUACCUUAAUGUCACACUGAAUGCCUUAUCGGAGCUACCCGCCUCGUUGGCCUCAUUUUUCCUAAUAGGAAAAAUAAACAGGAAAGGCUCUGUAUUCGGCUUCUGCAUUCUGAGCGGUGUAUGCAGCAUCAUUUGUUGCGUCCUGAUGAACAUGCCAUCGAUGAGCACCGAGUCUGGAUGGAUCAUAUCAAAGGGUGCGUCGCAGAUAGGGGCAGAGACGGUGUCUUUCUUCAGCGUCUGCACGGCCUUCAACGUGCUGUUGAUUUACACGUUGGAGUUGUUCCCGACGUGCGUGAGGAACUCGGCCAUGUCGAUGGUGAGGCAGGCGAUUGUUCUGGGCGGGGUGUUUAGCCCUGUCUUGGUUGCUGCCGGGAGGAGAAAUGGGGUUCUGUCCUACGGGGUGUUCGGGGUGACGAUAGCGUUUUGCGGGCUGUUCGUGGCGUUCCUUCCGGAGACAAAGGGUUCGAGCAUUUGUGAUACGAUGGACGAGGAGGAGCACAAGGUCCUAAAGACACAAACUAGUGGCUGCGGCAACUGCUAAAAGGACUUUCGAUUUUUUUGCCGAGUACUAAAGGCAAGUUGUGCUUUGUCGUAUUGCAAUAAUGCAGAAAGUGGCGGCCAACUUCUUUCGCAUUAUGAGAGGGAUUGUGAAUAUGAACGUUCCUAAUACCUCCGUGCAUGUAUAUCUCUAGCUAAGGCUCCGUUUCUUUUAGAUUUAACUUAAAUAUGAAAAUAUUGUACUUAUUUGAAUUUUUUUUUAUAUUUGUUAAUUUUGCGCCAA